UACCAAGAACUAUUGCCAUGACGCAUUAAAUGUAUUUAGUGAGGAAGUGGGGACUUUAGUCGGUUUAAUGUUAGUCAGUGUCACACUAGCUACUGACAGGUCAAUAGUUGGGUGGAGCAUUUCUCAGCGUAGUUGGAAACAGACGACGUCACACUUUGAGUGUUUUGGCGAAUAUUUUUUCUUGUCGUAAUUAUAAAUCUGCGCGUAUAAGUUUGUGUGCCACAAAUUGUGAUUUGAAAAUGGCUGAGGAGACCAGCUCCAGACCCAGCCUCUUUACGAGAAUGAAGGGAUAUCUUAAAGAAACACCAUUCUUUUGCAAAAUUAUUGAAUUGGUUCUCUGUGUUAUUGCAACAGGAUUAGUGACGGGACCAUUUCAACAGAAUCAGUUUCGACCAAAUGAUAUACAUCACAUAGCAAUAUUUCACGUGGCAGUGUGUGGUUAUAUUUUCAUAAAUGCAGUUCUUAUUAUGAGCCAUUUCUUGGGCGAAAGAUUGCCCAAAAAAACCGCUCUCAUUUUUUCGACGAUGGGCGCGAUUCUCUGUUGCACUGCCGGCCUCAUCCUGAUUCGUGAUUGGAACAAUUUCUCAAGUAACCUAAUUCAUGCGUAUCUGCAGGAAUACAGCGAUCAAACGGUAGCUGCUGGUUCUUUCGCGAUCUUAGCAGCUUUAGUAUUUGCCAUAGAUACGUACUUUACCAACAAGAACGAUUAAUCUCCCACAGAUUUCGAUCAUCGUCGUUGUAAGGA